AUGGACAGGUCUGCCAAAAGUAGAGUCUUCAGCUGUGACUUCUGUGAGAGAGAGAUGUCUGCCUGUGACUAUGAGAAAGAAAAUGGACCCGGUGUUCUUAAUACUUAUGAUAAAGGUAAAGAAAAUAACGUUGGUUCAUCUCAAUUAGAUAGUGAUGGCCAAAACUGCCAAACCAAUUUGCUUGGUGAGAAUCCCAAUGCAUUAAGUAAAGAUGGGAACCCAUGUCAACAUUCUGCUGAGAGGGAAAAGAAUAAUGGGCAGCGGUUGGAUUGGUGCUGUUUAUUGCAAGAUUUAGACUCCAGUAAGGCAGAUUUAGCAUGGCAUAUUUAUUUACAGAAAGCCCCCAGAGUGGAUAUGCAAGUUGUUCUCAAUGAUAAAGACAAGGAGCUGAUUUCUGGUAAUAGUAAAGAUGGAGAAGAAACUAGAUGCGUUGAUAAUGGGCCUGCCAAUUUAGUUCUUCCUCAGCCAAGUCAGAAGUGUUUCAAUGAGGGAGAUGCAUGGUGUUGUAUCUGUCACAGUUCAAUCUUAGAGAUGGGCGAAUGGAAGCAGCUGUUGCAAUUACCUUGUGGGCAUGGAUACCACUCUGAGUGCAUUGCUAAAUGGUUGGGAGCUAAUAACACUUGUCCACUCUGCAGGUACCAGUUACCUUCAUGUUCAUAA